CUUUGUUUUAUAGUGGUUUCAUGCGUAAUAAACGAAGAUGAUGGAUUUACUAUCGCCUUUUCGUUCCUUUCUUAAGCCGAAAAAAAUAAUCACGGAUAAUAAUGUGUUUCGACUACAUUAUAAAUUCACGGUGAUAAUGUUGUUCAUGUUCACUUUGAUGGUUACUUCUAAACAGUUUUUUGGGGAACCAAUGCAUUGCAUGAGCGGAUCAGACAAAGAUGAUAACAAGGAUGCGAUAAACAAUUACUGUUGGAUUUAUGGGACGUAUACUUUAAAAAGCCAACUAAACGGAAUAGAAGGCAAGCACAUGGUGUAUGCCGGUGUAGGUCCUGGCUUAAAUAAAAAUGAUGACCAAAUUGAGCAUACUUAUUACCAGUGGGUCUGUUUUGUUCUACUCGGACAGGCUUUCAUGUUCUACAUACCACAUUACCUUUGGAAGUCUUGGGAGGGGGGCAGAGUUAGAGAUUUGUCUGCUAAUUUGACAUUCCCGAUUGUAGCAAAAGACUGGUCUGAUGGACCUCGUCAGCAACUACUGGCCUACUUCAAUAGUCUGAACACAUGCACACACAACAUGUAUGCACUUCGGUUUGCCUUCUGUGAAUUUUUGAAUCUUGCUAAUGUGAUUGGUCAAAUAUUUCUCUUGGACAUAUUUUUGGAUGGCUCAUUCCGCGAUUAUGGUGCUGCUGUGGCUUCAUUCACCCAUCAUCCGCGACUCUCCACAGACAUGACUGACUUUGUCUCAGUUAACCCAAUGGAUAAAUUUUUCCCGAAGGUAACGAAAUGCUGGUUCAGAUCAUAUGGACCUUCAGGAACCAUACAGUUCAAAGACCGACUAUGUGUGCUACCAUUGAAUGUAAUAAAUGAAAAGAUUUUUAUUAUACUUUGGUUUUGGCUGGUUAUUUUAGCUUCUCUCUCGGCUCUAGCGGUAUUGUUUCGUGUACUAAUAUUUUGUAUACCAGCUUUACGUACGUACAUCCUUACAGCCCGGUUGAGACGUAUCAAGAGGUCUCCGGUAUCAAAAAUUGUUAAACAUUACAGUUUUGGUGACUGGUUUGUACUUUACUUGCUGAGCAAAAAUAUCAAUCAAAUUGUAUGUAUAGAUUUAGUUAAGGAAUUGGCAAAGGACUUACAGUGGACUGAAUGUGUUUAAAUCUUUAUAUUUUAUAACU